AUGUCCAUCCCCACCAAAGGUGAUAUUAUCUCUGUUCCCGCCUACACCCCAGAAGCAGAGGUGAAUGCCUUGGAAAUCUCAUGGUCCCAGUCCCUCCGCACUCGCACUGCCCGCUACUAUCUCGUCAAUGCUCACAACCAGUCCAAGGGCGGUGUAGAUGUUCUGAUGUUCAUUCAGGAUCGCUACUACAAGGACGCCAACAGUGGCGAGUUCAUUGGCAAGCUUCCUGGUGCACGCCAGGAGGGUAACUCCUGGGUCGUUGAAAUCAGCGACCGUUUCCAGUAUGGCCAGAAGAACAAGACUGGAGAAGGCCGAUGGGUCGCCCUCCACGACAAGGACAACAAGCCCUACCAGCACCGCUUCAUGGUUGUCACUAUUCAGGGUAGGCUCAGCGAGACAGCCAAGAACUUGGCCAAGUCGUUUGGUGCUGGAGAGAUUGCUGAGCAGGUCAUGAAGCUUGGCAACUCCUUCAUUGGGGACUACCUUCACACCUUCUAG